GGGUAACAGGAUGCAAUAGGAACUCGUUGGUAAACAGUUGAUUGGAUAUUCAAAACAGAGUAUACAUUAACAGGGUGCCAAAGUGGGCUAAUCCCACUUGAUAAAAACAUGGACGAAGCAGUCAUCGAUUCGAUCUUCGCGGGAUCUCUGAAGUCCCUGCCAGCUGUUAGCUCUAAAAUCGUCAGAAUAUUUACGAGUUCGACUUUCACAGACACAACGAUGGAGCGAAACACCCUCAUGGCCCAAUGCUACCCCAAAUUGAAGGACUACUGCAGAGAGAAACACGGAUUAGAGUUUCAGGUGGUUGAUAUGAGAUGGGGCGUGAGGGACGAGGCCACCGACGAUCAUAUGACCACAGAACUCUGUAUGAGGGAGAUAGAAAAUUGUCAGAGGCUCUCGAUGGGGCCCAACUUUGUGGUAUUUCUGGGACAGAAGUAUGGUUAUCGGCCUAUCCCAACGUACGUUCUUAGUUCUGAGUUGGAAAUGCUGAGGACAGACUUAGAGGCACAGGGAAUGGACGUGGGCCUUCUGGAUAAAUGGUACAAAAAGGAUAGCAACGCAGUGCCACCAACGAGUAUCCUCCAACCAAUAUCGUCCAUCCUGAAGAAUUUCAACAAUAAAAGAAUACCGAAGCUGCAGCAAGAGGACCAGGCGAUUUGGUGGGACACCAUGGUGAAAAUGCAGAAACUGUUUAGGAAGGGAGCGCAGUCUCUGUACAACUCAGGAAAAUUUGACAAAGACACGAUGCACAACUAUUUUAUGUCAGUCACCGAGAGAGAAGUGAUCAACGGUGUUCUGAACGUUAAAAAUACGAAAAAUCACUGUCUGGCGUACGUGCGAUACAUAAACAAUAUAAAUCUUCAAAACUUGCGAAAAGCCAGUUUGUUCUUAGACAUAUUGAAUAGAAGCUUGGACAACGAGGCCGCGAAACUUCUGGCGAAUUUGAGGGACGAAAGACUUCCAGACAAGAUCGAAAGCACAAAUUUGGAGAGAUACACCGUAGAAUGGAUCGGACGAGAGGGUUUGGAUCCAGAAACGCAUAGCGAGUACCUCCAGCACUUCAUAACGCACUUUUAUCGAAACAUAGUGAAACUGGUAGAUCGCGCAAUGAGAAAAGAAGACAGCUCCGCGCAGGGACAAAUUAUAACGGAGAUGUUGCAGCAUCUCCAUGCUUGCAACAAUUCCGUCAAGGUGUUCUACGGCCGAGAGGACACCUUGGUAACCAUUAAAGAGUACAUGAUGGGUGACAGCGAUAAACCUUUGGUUUUAUACGGGGAAGGUGGCUGUGGAAAGACGUCUUUAUUAGCGAAGAGUGCAGGCCUGACGAGCGGCACGUGGCUCACUGGAAAAAAGCCAAUCAAUAUAAUCCGAUUUCUUGGCACCACUCCAGACAGUAGUGCCCUGACACCCACAUUGAUAUCCAUUUGUCAGCAAAUUUCCUACAACUUCAUGCUACCCUUUGAAGAAAUCCCCGACGACCUGGUGCCGCUGACGGCUUACUUUAAAUACCUGCUGACUUUAGCCACGGUAGACCAACCGAUCCUAUUAUUCUUGGAUAGCGUCGAUCAGCUGACGGGGGUGCAAGGAAAUAAAUUAUCAUGGUUGCCCACCAGACUUCCGUCGAAUUGCAAGAUGAUGUUAUCUUGCGCUGCCGAGGAAUCGAAUCCCGUGAUUUCGAGAGAUUACCAAUUACUACGUAGGAUGAUCGAUGCAGAGGAGAGCUUCAUCGAAGUAGUCGCUCUGGGCGAAGAUCUAGCCAUGGAUGUGAUAAGGAUGUGGAUGAGGACAGCCCACAGAGAUCUGAACAACUACCAGUGGCGUCUCGUGGCCAAUGCUAUAUCCAAGUGUUCUUUACCGAUUUUCGUGAAGCUGGUGUUCGCCGAGAUCUGCAGGUGGAGGAGCUACACGAAACCAGCGAACACUCAUUUAACCAGCACCGUGAUGGACAGCAUUAUGAUGCUGUUCGAGAGAAUCGAGAAACAGCACGGGAAAAUUUUGGUGUUCCACGCGUUGGCUUACAUCACCGCCGCCAAAUCUGGCUUAUCCGAAUCCGAGCUCGAGGAUUUGAUCUCUCUGGACGACAAAGUGCUGGACGACGUGUACCAAUACCAUUUACCACCGGUGAGGCGGAUUCCGCCGUUGCUGUGGACCAGAAUACGAAGCGAUUUGCCGAAUUACUUGAGCGAAAGGGAAGCUGGCGGGGUCAGUGUGCUCAACUGGUACCACAGACAAUUCAGGGACACAGCCAAGGAAAGAUACUUCAAGAACAUGAACAUGGCUAUGUAUUUUCACUCAAUGAUCGCCGAUUACUAUCUCGGCAUCUGGGGAGGCGGACGUCCUAAGCCGUUCAAGUACACUGAGAUUCAAAGGCAUAGAUUCAACUUGGCAGACAAGGAAGGCGUGGCGGACAGAAAAGUACCUGAACAACCGCUGGCGUUCUACUCGAAGGAGGGGACCAUCACCAGAUACAAUUUGAGAAAGUUCGGCGAGCUGCCGUUCCAUCUGGUCAGAUCGCGACGUUUCAACGAUCUUUUCGAAAAUGUUUUGUUCAACUACGAGUGGCUCCACGCUAAGCUCUGUUCUUGUCCGUUGCAAGCCGUGCUUGCCGACUUCGAAGAUGCUUGUACUUUCAUCGACAACCAAAGCAUUGUCAGAGAAUUGAUGCUGGUAGCCGAUGCGCUAAGAUUGGGCGGUGCGAUUUUGGGUUCUCACCCUGACAUGCUCGCGCCCCAAUUAAUCGGGCGAUUAUUGCCUGAAAUAGGGGGUAACGUAAACGUGAAAAUGUUGCUUCGAGCGUGCGAUAACGACGGGUCCAAGGAUUGCGCUUUGCUUCCUGUUUAUCACUGUCUACAUACCCCUGGAGGACCGUUGAAGUAUUCGCUGGAGGGUCACCAGUUCGCUGUGUUCGGAUUUUGUUUAACGUCGGACUAUCGGUACGUGGUCUCGAUAUCCAACCGAUUCAUCACGUGGGAUCUGAGCACCAGCGACAUGACGAGGGACAUUAAUCCUGGUGUACAGGGUAUUAUGCAAAAUCUAGUUCUGAGUCCUGAUAACAGAUACGCCGCAGCGUUCACCACCAAUAAUCAGAGCGUCGUGUUGAACACUUUAACGAGCGAAUUCGUUACUAUCGAUAAUCCGCUCCCAAACGACGACCCAGUGUGCGGGGUUCAUCUGAUGAAUCAAUUUUUCUUCGUUUACGGUAAACUAGGAUGGUGUAGGUUUGAUUUACGAGGAAACUUACUGGAGACUCACACGAACCCGGAGGACUCCAACAAAUGGCCAAUUCUGCACGUGGAGCACUCGAAUUUAGACGAUUACAGGGUAGUGUUUUGGUCUGGAGAUAUAGAGGAUACCAGUAUGCUUCUUCAUACGUACAGGAAGAAAGGAUCAUUGGAUCCUCUGCAUUUUCACAGCGUUCUGGCGAUGACUAACGAUAAAAAGAUUUUGUACGGUUGUACAACUAAAAGCGACAACCGAGUGACGAAGUAUAAGUGCGAUGAGACGUCCUCGCAAUGGGAAAUGGUUUCUGACAUGCCCAGGGCUUUCAACGACGACGUUGAAUACUUGUUGCAGUUGAAAUUAGACAGAGAAGAAGAAAUGCUUCUAGCCACGAGUGCCAAUGGUUUUAUCGUUUGGUUUUUGGAAAAUAAAAGCGACGCUUACGUCUUAAUGCUUCCAAACGGGGUUCGAAACAUCAGCACUAGAAUGAUGUGCUCAAACUCGAUUAUGGUCAGCGGUACGAAGAAGUAUGGUAUUGCUGGCGUGAGGAAGAACUUGUACGUUUGGAGUCUGGAAACAAGUGAAUUGGUAAAGAUAUUGGACGCACAUUUUGCGAGAAUUAUUCAAUUGGAAGCGUUGACUAUCGGAAACUGGAACAGUGUUGUUACUUCGAGUAUCGAUAGAAGUGUUAAAGUAUGGAAUAUAAAUAACAUUUUCGAACAAGUUCAUGUAAUAGAUAGACACGAAUUACAGAUAGACAUGAUAAGUCUCGCGGAAGAAUGUAACUUAGCGGCGAUAGUCACUAGAGACUGCGUGGGAAUUUGGGACUUGCAAACAGGAAAGUUGAUUUCGAAGUUAGCCGAUAGUCCUUUGGGUGCAAUUGUUACGCAUGCUUGCAUGACCCACGAUGGCAAGUAUAUCGUUUCAACAGAAUCGGGCAAUGUAUUAAUAUGGAACAGAAUUACAGAGCAAGUGUUGUUUAAAGAGGAACAACAAAAUGUGAGGCAGUUAAUGUUAAUGGAAAAUUCAUCAAAGUUUGUAGCUGUUUCAAGACCUAAGAAUCCUGUCGGUGUGGAAAACAUGAAAACAACUGCUACCCUUUUCGUAAGAACAAUUCCUGAUGGAAAGACAACAUUUUCACUGGAGUAUCCAGUCAGAAGUCAAACAGGUGUACCCUUUAGAAAUGUUGUAGUCACUUCUGACAAUUCCUUUUUGAUAGCACCAGCAGCCGAUAAGGGUAACAGAGAUUGUGUUAUAAUAUACAAUGCGAAAACAGGUGCAUUAAUAAGUAAAAUUCCCAUAAAAUUGCCAGGAUUUAAAGAUAUCGUAUGUAUCACUCCUAUGCCAAAUAAACCACAAUGGAUAGGAAUAAUUGGAUCUGACAAAGGUAUUAUUUUGGAUAUAAACAAAAAGAAAAUUGUUCGUACAAUACCAAAAUGGAGUGGAAAUGUUAGCAAAGAUGGAAAAUAUACAUUAUACGCCCCCAGCAGAGGAGGAUUAGAGCUUCUAGAAUUAAAAAAAGGUACUAGCGUGAUGACUUAUAUACCAAAAGUAGCAGAGGGAGUAUUCACUGUAAUAUCCAUGUUCAACCGUACAGAUGAAUAUGUUCUUUAUUACCACAGUGGACGAAAAACUAUACGCGUAUUUAGAUCAUCGGACUGUGAAAUGAUAGCAAAUUACAGAGUUCAAGCAGAGCUAAGUGCAAUUGAUAGUACAUAUGAUGGUAAAAGCAUAGUUCUAGGUACAGUCGAUGGGUGUGUAUCUGUGUUAGCUAUAGUGGAUCCCAAAAAAGAAAAAAUGAAAGAAUAUGUUGCAAACUUACCAUCUCGUGAUGAGGAUUGGAAAAAGAAAACUGAGAAGCAACGAGCGGCUAUUAAGUUUAAAGCUGCGGCUCGAAUUGCUCGAGUAACUCACGACUUAAGUGCGAUUGUACGAAGUACAAAUAUUACAGAAACAAUUGAGGAAUUAGACGAAAGUAUCGAAUAAAGGUUGUAUCGUUUUUAUAGGAAAUAUUUUUAUUCCAGAAAACAUAAUGUAGUGGUGUAAUAUCAAAUUUUGAUAAAAGCACUGAUAAAGGAAUAAUAAACUUGAAACAAGAAACAUAGAAUUUAUAUUACAUUUAUUUCUGUCUUUUCAUGUAAUUAAUUUUAUAAUUUUCUUUUCUUUCUGUCCGACUUUUCUUUGCAUUCAAAAAGUAAAGAGCACGAGACAAGUUCAUUAUCAUUGCAAAUGGAGUUACUUCUAAGUGUAUGGGACACACACACCCUUGCACAUAUCAAGUUGAUGUUUCCUUAAAUAACAAUUGUAUAGCUCGUUCUAUACAAGAGAAUAUCCUUUUAUCUUACAAUGUCAUAUUGCUACCGAAAACGUCUCGUGCUGACGCAGGCGUGAUAUAGUGUAACGUUUGCGUUUUUUCUUGUUUACAAAUUUCGAAAGAAUCGAUAGUACCAAAUGGGCGAUUUGAAACAA